AUUGUUCUUCCGCGUGACGUCACGCGCAGGAGUGGAGGUAAAUAAUGGCGUCGUGAGGGCCGCCCGCUCCAUGGACCCCGCGCAAUCCGUGGCAUCGCGACGCCGCCGUCCGCAGUAGCCGCCCCGGAUCGCGCGGAGCACGCCCCUCGCCGUGCCACGGUCACGUCCACGCGGAUAUUUCCUCCUCGCGACGCACUUAGGAGACAAGAGACAUGGAGCUCAGGGUCGGUAACAAAUACCGCCUUGGGCGCAAGAUCGGAAGCGGUUCCUUUGGUGACAUCUACCUGGGGACCAACAUCGCCACGGGGGAGGAGGUGGCCAUCAAGCUGGAGUGCGUGAAAACCAAGCACCCGCAGCUGCACAUCGAGAGCAAGUUCUACAAGAUGAUGCAGGGUGGAGUGGGAAUCCCCACUAUCAAGUGGUGCGGUGCGGAGGGCGACUACAACGUGAUGGUGAUGGAGCUGCUGGGGCCCAGCCUGGAGGACCUCUUCAACUUCUGCUCCCGCAAGUUCAGCCUCAAGACUGUGCUGCUGCUCGCCGACCAGAUGAUCAGUCGCAUCGAGUACAUCCACUCGAAGAACUUCAUCCACCGCGACAUCAAACCCGACAACUUCCUCAUGGGGCUGGGCAAGAAGGGGAACCUCGUUUACAUCAUCGACUUCGGCCUGGCCAAGAAGUACCGCGACGCGCGCACGCACCAGCACAUUCCCUACCGCGAGAACAAGAACCUGACGGGCACGGCGCGCUACGCCUCCAUCAACACCCACCUCGGCAUAGAGCAGAGCCGGCGGGACGACCUGGAGUCCCUGGGCUACGUGCUCAUGUACUUCAACCUGGGCUCGCUGCCCUGGCAGGGCCUCAAGGCGGCCACCAAGCGCCAAAAGUACGAGCGCAUCAGCGAGAAGAAGAUGUCCACGCCCAUCGAGGUGCUCUGCAAGGGAUACCCCUCCGAGUUUGCGACGUACCUCAACUUCUGCCGCUCGCUGCGAUUCGACGACAAGCCCGACUACUCGUACCUGCGGCAGCUCUUCCGCAACCUCUUCCACCGGCAGGGCUUCUCCUACGACUACGUGUUCGACUGGAACAUGCUCAAGUUUGGUGGGGGCCGCAGCCACGAGGAGGCGGAGCGCGAGCGCCGUGAGCGGGAGCGCGAGGAGCGCAUGCAGCGCGCGGUGCCCGCGAGGGCGGCGCCCAGCGCGCCCGGCCCGCGUGGCCGCAGCACCCAGGACGCCGUGACGCCCGUGUCGCCGGGGCCACAGACGACGAACACAUCCCCGCGGCCGCUAUCGCGGACGGAGCGCGAGCGCCGCGUGUGCAUGAGGCUUCACCGUGGGGCCCCUGCCAACGUAUCCUCGUCCGACCUCACCGCUCGGCCCGAGAUGACGCGCAUGUCCACCUCACAGACGAGCAUUCCCUUUGACCACCACGGCAAGUAGGCCUUCCUCCCACUACUGGUCGUUUUGAGCGUGUUUGGUCCCGCGCUCUAUCGGGGCCAAGGCCUGAAGAGGUGACCGGGCCCCCUGAACCUCUGCGCACGCACGUGAUGACGAGGCGUCAGCCCCACCUCCUCCUCCUCCUCGCCCCUCGGGGAGUGGACCGAGACCAACAGCGGAUUGGGGCGGGCCUGUUUGGCGUUGUGGCGGCGUACGUUGGAGUAUCCAAGCGGAGGGUGCUUAGUGAUCGUGUGUAUGUCCUUCACAGGUGUAUUACGCCGUUUUGUUUUCCCGUCUGGUGUUGAGAGUGAGGCCGUGCAGAGCCCCCAGUGGCGUAGGCUGCCACGUCGAGCAGGGUGCGAGCCUCUGCAGCUCCUUCUGUCUGUACGAUGCUUCUCCAGCAGUCACAGUAGUGCUCUAGACCUGCAGUGCUUUCUAUGCAGUGUAAAUAGCUUUCUUUCUUUUUUAUUAUGACUUUCCAAAUCGCUGUGUUCAAGAGGACCCACUAUAGUGGCGAAGCCGUAGCUGUCGUGUGGUGUAGCUGUAGUCCAAGGCGGUGGUUUUUCAUGUAGCCCAAGUAGACUUGGUUAUCGUUGUGACGAGGGGACAAGCGUUAGUUACAUCACGUGACAAUUGAUUAUGAAUAAAACCCCUGUGCUCUGAUGGUUUUUAUAAAUGUAACCAGGGAGUGCACCCACCGCUCUAUCAUGCCCCCUCCCCUCAGAUCACUCUCCCCUGCCCAUCUGAUCACUCCCCCUGCCCUUCUGAUCACUCCUCCUGCCCCUCUAAUCACUCCCCCUGCCCUUCUGAUCACUUACCCUGCCCUUCUGAUCACUCACCCCUAUCCCUCCGAUCACUCCCCCUGCCCUUCUGAUCACUCACCUUUGCCCCUCUGACCCCUCCCCCCUGCCCUUCUGAUCACUCCCCCUGCCCUUCUGAUCACUCCUCCUGCCCCUCUAAUCACUCCCCCUGCCCUUCUGAUCACUUACCCUGCCCUUCUGAUCACUCACCCCUAUCCCUAUAACCCCUGCUCCCUGUCCCUCUGAUCACUCCCCCCAUCCCUAUAAUCCCUGCCCCUCUGAUCACUCCCCCCUAUCUAAUCCCUGCCCCCUGCCCCAUCGAUUCCUCCCCCCUGCCCCUCUGAUCCCUGCCCCUCCGAUCGCUCCUUCUGCCUCCCAGCUCUGCCCUCGUGCUCUGCCUGCUGCCCCGUGCGAUGCUGCCCUCGUUUGUUUUACUUCCCCUCCCGACCCUCCUCCCCUGCUCGUGUUUCCCUUCAAAGUCGUCACGUCUGUCCGUUAGUAGCUGUGUUCCGCACUAGUCCAAAUGGCUCGCCGUUUUAUUUGUUUUUAUUUACGUAACUUAUUUAAUAAAUUACCCUCGCUCCAGCCCCGUUUUUACUCCCACAGCUGUGAACAGACCCCCCCCCACACCCCAUCCGCCACCCCAUCCUUGCUUCAUGUUAGCAGAUCCGCUGGGAGCCCCCGUCCCCCCGUAUCCGGACAUCUGUGAAAAGAAGCUUGGUAACGCAUCGGAUUCCUCCGGUCGAAAUAAAGAUUCUUGAUUCUGAACCGUGAGGCAUGGCGGGGGGGGGGGGGGGAGCCGCGCGGGUAACGUGUCGGAGUCACGUGACCUUCGAGAGGCAGUCGCGCAUUUGCAAUCGCCGAGUCAACACGUGCUGCCCCCCGCUGCCCCCCCCUGCCCCCCUUACCGGUGCACACCACCUCCCCCAACUCUCCAUCGUGUACAGUUCACUGCGACCCAAAUCAGAACCCCCUCCUCCACCCUUUCACUGCUUUUGCAGCCUCCGUUUUUUGAUUGUUGCAUGUACAGCCACUUUUAGUAACAUUUUGUGUAAUGUCAUUAUUAUUAUUUACUAUUUGUAAUUGAAAUGUAUUUGUGUACGCAAUACUUGUAAAUAAAAAGGACUGCACAUA